AUGGGCGACGAGAAAUAUGAUUAUCAGGCUCAACCCAUCCCUUCCUACGAAGAAGCCACUGGCAUACCCUCCUCCUCUCGAUCAGAUCUCGGCGAAGGAACAGAUUUAGAACGACAAGGGCUUCUCGGUCACGACCAUGCCUCCACACGCGGCUAUCACCCGCCAACGGUGGAAUCCGCGCGCUCCAGUCUCGACGACCUAGAUUCCGAGGCCUCACACUCAGACCGGGGAUCAACCGAUGAACUACGACGGGAACUGGAUCAGAUGGACGUGGAUGAUUCCGCGUCUUCAUCUUUGACUGGCCGUUCCCGUUUAGGCCAUCGGUUCUCCAAACAGUUAUCGAGUCUGACCCGCACGCUAUCCGCCAUCCAACGACCUUUUCAGCGGUAUAUGCCCAGUUUCCGCUUUACGAUAAACCUUGGCGAUGCCCGCGCUCGUUUCCAGGAUCAGGGCUGUAUCAUGAUGCUACGGUUGUUCGCUCUUUUACUCGUUGUCGCCCUGGUCUAUGUGUUCUUUAUCGCGGAUAUCUUCAACAUCAACAGUCGCAUGGUCAUGGGUCAGUCGUACAGUUCGGCAUCGGUUGAGAACUUUGUGCAGGGCCAUAUCAAUGAGACGAACAUCGCCGAGAACUUGCGCCGAGUCACCAACUACACCCACAUUGCCGGAACGGAAGGCAGCUUCGUGCUAUCACAAUGGAUUGAACAGGAGUUCCACAAAGCCGGAUUCGAUGAAGUCACGCGCGAGGAGUUCCAGGUCUACCUCAACUAUCCACGCCAGGAUGGCAGGAAGGUGGCGAUCAUUGAUCCACCCAAUCUCGCUUGGGAGGCUAAACUCGAAGAGGACAACGCCAAAGAUCUGGUUUUCCAUGGUCAUUCCAAGUCAGGCAAUGUAACCGGGCCUCUGGUAUAUGCCAAUUUUGGAUCUCGUGAUGAUUUCAAGGCUCUUGCCGAGAAAGGAAUUGAUCUGAAAGGCUCAAUCGCUCUAGUCCGUUAUUAUGGCACUGAAACCGAUCGCGCCUUGAAAAUCAAGGCCGCUGAGCUGGCUGGCGCGGUGGGCUGCAUUAUCUACUCGGAUCCCGCUGAAGAUGGAUUCGUCAAGGGUCCGGCUUACCCUGAAGGACGGUACAUGCCCAGCGAUGGUGUCCAGAGAGGCGGUGUCAGCAUGAUGUCGCAGGUUGUUGGAGAUGUUCUCAGUCCUGGAUUCGCAUCCACCCCAGGAGAAAAGCAUCGUCUAGCUCCUGAGGAGAGCACUGGAUUGCCUAAGAUCCCCAGUCUUCCUCUUGCCUGGCGUGAUGCCCAGCAUCUUUUGCAGGGGCUGAACGGACACGGUUCCAAAGUACCCAAGGAAUGGGUUGGAGGCGUGCCUGAAGUUAAAGAGUGGUGGACUGGAGAUCAAAAUUCUCCUGUCGUUCAUCUGAUGAACUUACAGGAUGAAGUCGAGCGCCAGCCUAUCUACAAUAUUCAUGGAAGAAUCCUCGGUAUGGAUGAACGCGAUAAGAAGAUCAUCGUUGGCAAUCACCGCGAUUCAUGGUGCAUGGGUAGCGUCGACCCUGGAAGUGGAACUGCUGCUUUCCUGGAGGUUGUACGAGCCUUUGGCGAGUUACUCACCUACGGGUGGCGACCGCUCCGCACUAUCGAGUUUGUUAGCUGGGAUGCAGAAGAAUAUAACCUCAUCGGCUCGACAGAACACGUCGAGAAUGAAAUAGAGGAGCUCCGUGCCAAUGCCUUCGCAUACUUGAAUGUUGACGUUGGUGUUUCAGGCUCCAAAUUCCGUGUCUCGGCAUCCCCCGUCUUUGAACGGACUGUGACGCAGAUUCUCGGUCGUCUCUCCGAUCCUUAUGCAAAUGCAACACUCAAAGAUCUCUGGGAGAAAAGAGGCUCAAAGAUUGAGCCACUCGGUGCUGGCAGUGACUAUGUUGCAUUCCAAGAUAUUGCAGGAACCUCGAGUAUCGACUUCGGUUUCGAGGGUGAACCUUUCCCAUACCACAGCUGCUACGAGUCCUACGACUGGAUGGUCCAAAACGCGGACCCUGACUUCCAAUACCACAAAAUCUUGGCCCAAUUUUGGGGUCUUCUUUUGCUUGAUCUUUCAGAAAACCCCAUGCUACCCUUCGACGUGGAGGCUUAUGGCACUUCCGUGACUGGAUGGGUCAAGGAUUUGAAUGAAUUCGCCAAAUCAAAGAAGGCCGAGGUCAACAUGGAACCCAUGUUCAAGGCUGCAGCUGAACUCCAGGCCAACACUGCUCGCUUCCAGUCCUGGAACAAGAUCUGGCAUGAUACCGUGUGGGGCUUGGGUGGAUAUGAAAGCAAUGUCAUGGCCGUUCAGCGAGUGAACCACAAUGCUCGUAUGGCCAGCCUUGACACCAACUUGCUUGACCUAGAGGAAGGUGGCGGUGUGCCCAACCGCACACAAUUCCGACACGUCAUCUUCGGUCCAGAGCUAUGGUCCGGCUACGACGCAGCCCUCUUCCCUGCUAUCGUAGAUAGCAUCAACACGGGAAAUUGGACAUUGACCCAAUACUGGAUCGACCGUGUCGCCAACACAAUCCAUACCGCCAGUGACAAGCUGCUCCACUAA